AUGGUUACUGGAUUGAAACAUCCAAUAAUAUUACCAAAAGAAAGUCAUGUUACAGAAUUAGUUAUAAGACACUGUCAUUUACGUGUUAAUCAUCAAGGGCGCGGAAUGACAAGUAAUGAGAUUAGGUCUAAUGGCUUUUGGAUUGUUGGACUUAGUUCAGCUGUUUAUAGUUUCAUCAGUCGUUGUGUAACUUGUCGUAGGUUACGAGGUGGUAAUCAAGUGCAAAAGAUGGCAGAUUUGCCUGAGGAUAGGUUAGAACCUUCACCUCCCUUUACGUACAGUGGAGUUGACUAUUUUGGGCCGUGGUUAAUAAAAGAGGGUCGAAAAGAAUUAAAACGUUACGGUGUGGUUUUUACUUGCUUGUGUUGUCGUGCUGUUCAUUUAGAAUCCGCUAACUCUUUAACAACCGACUCGUUUAUUAAUGCUUUGCGCAGAUUUUUAGCUGUACGUGGUCCAGUUAGAGUGUUAAGGUCAGACAGGGGAACAAAUUGUGUAGGUGCUGAACGUGAAUUAGCUAAUGCUUUGUCUGUAAUGGAUAUUUCACAAGUUCAUAUGUUUUUGCAAAAGGAAGGUUGUGAUUUUAUAGAGUUUAAAAUGAAUGUUCCAAAUGCUAGUAACAUGGGUGGUGUUUGGGAACGUAUGAUACGUUCUGUUAGAAGCAUACUAUCAUCAUUAUUGUAUCAUCACGGCGCUCAGCUUGAUGAUGAAAGUCUGCGUACAUUUAUGUGCGAGACGGCUGCGAUUAUUAACAGCCGCCCACUUUCACCUCAAAAUUUGAAUGAUCCUUUAUCUUCAGAACCUCUUACACCAAAUCAUUUACUUACCAUGAAAUCAAAAAUACUGUUGCCACCUCCUGGUAAAUUUUUGAAGACUGACUUGUAUUCAAGAAAGCGAUGGAGACGUAUUCAGUAUUUAGCUAACGAAUUUUGGUGUAGAUGGCGCAAGGAAUAUCUGCAAAACCUUCAAGUUCGUAAUAAGUGGGUUGUUCCAAAGCGCAAUUGUUGUGUAGGUGAUGUUGUACUUAUUAUAGAUGACAAUCAACCAAGAUGUCAGUGGCGUAUGGGCAGAAUUGUUGAAUUGUACCCUGAUUCAGAUGGUCUAGUUCGUAAGGUUAGACUGUAUGUUGGUACUUCAGAAUUAAAUAGUGAAGGGAAACGUGAUACACUGUCAUAUUUGGAUAGGCCAGUAAAUAAGUUAAUUGUACUUUGUGAAAAUGUGUGA